CCAACCAAAGAUAAACAGAAUAGUAGCACUGAACGGUACCGCAUGCAAAGCGAAGAGAAAGAAAUUCAUAUUGCCUCUUCUACUCAGUAGACUCCAAACACCACGUUGCACAUCACACGACACUAUUGACUAACCAUGAACAACUUCAAUCGAUUGUGGACGAUUCUGUGGCUUCUGGGAGCAGCAAGCAUCCCAACAACCUGCACUGCCAGAAUCAGUCACGAGAAACAAGCGGAGCGAGCGGACUUUGUUCGGGCCAUGGAUCGAGCCCUAGGCCAAAARAAAAAGGACGACCUCUUUCGCUCUCGACUCGCGCAGUUGGCAGUACCCGCAAGUUCCAAUCCACGAUACGUACGAUCCCAAGAUUUCAAUGCCGAAGAGCCCCGUCGCUUGGAAGAAUACCAGGAUUACGCAAUCGACCUUUCUGAGUAUGCCUUGAAAUACAUUGGCUGCUCAAAUAUCCGAACCUGGAGCGACGACCUUGCAGCAGAAAAUGACGGUGGUAGCGACUCCGUCCUAAAGAUGAACAAGUUUGUCGUCCUUCGUCUUUGUCCCCGAGACUCGUGUUCGAAUUACAACCAGUACGGUUGCCUCGAACAAUUUGGUGACUACUUAAUUCCAAUGGAAACAUACAUGCAGACCAUGGCCGAGACUUUCUUUUCUCAGUACCAGGAAUAUUGCCAGACCUGUUACGAAUGCAUGAACACAAAUUACAACAACGAUGAUGGAGGUAACUACAACAACGAUGACGGAAACAACUAUAACAAUUACAACAAUGAUGACGGAAACAACUAUAACAAUUACAACAAUGACGACGGAAACAACUACAAUAACGAUGAUUAUAAUGGUGGUCGGCGCCUGAAUGAUGACGCCUGGUCUGCCUACAACAGCUACAACAACUACGGGUCAGAYGAUGCUGCGCAGGGAGGUGACGAUUAUUACCACAAUCAAUAUAAUCAGAACAGUUUCUACAAUUAUUAUGGAAACUAUGGAGAUCAAAACCAGAACCAAAAUCAGAAUCAAAACCAAAAUCAGGACCAAGGUUGUGAUUACGAGUAUGCUUGUUCGAAUUAUCAGAGCGCCUGUCAGGACUAUUCGAACCUUAACAACGAUCUGUCAGAUUAUUUCGGUUGCGCUGAGUUCAACAUUGGAAACAGUGCUGGGUAUCUUGGCCCACAUUGUGCUAGUGAUGGAAAGACAAUCAGUAUGGGCAUCUUCAGCGACGAAUCUUGCAAUGAUUAUACUGCUGACUUGAGCGAGGUGUCUUCCUACAUGUCGGUUAAUGAGAAUGGCCUUGAAUCCUACUACUCCGACAAUUGUAUCUCCUGCYUAGCAUCGGUGAGUAGCUAUCUAUUCCUGGUUUCGAUGUGUGCGGUUAGAAUAAUGAGCUCUCCUAGUUUUUUCGUUUUUGUGAGAUCCCAAUUUCUUACUAUUUCUCUUGCUCUGCAUUUUGAUUUUGAAUUCAGGAUGGGUACACAUUGGAGAUUGGGAACAACGAUGAUGGCUAUAAUGCCGUAUCUGACAUCUGCGGCACUCUCUAUGGUGAUAGCGCUAAGUGCAAUCGUUACAUGGGAAAUGACGGCGACUAUGCGGUACGAAAAAAUAUUUGCCGUUGACAAUAAAGAUUUUACAUGUUUGAAUCCUCCCGCUGUCACGACCCUUUGACCCUCUCACGAAUUUAUCGAAUUCUUCUUCCCUUYAGUCUUCGAAUCAGGAAUCACAAGAAGAUAUAGUUUGCAACUUUAUUGAGAAUCUAUUGACCAAUUCGUACGAUGAAUUUGGAGAGAUUGUCUUGCGAGAAGAAGGAUGGAAAACAUACAUACCAAACGCGGAGACUAUCGGUGAAAUGGCCCARUGGCAAAAGUUCGCUCUGGCAAUUUCAAUCCUUUCCACGAUUGGAAUGUUUACCUAUGCAUGCUAUCUUUACCGGGAGGUCAAGCGACGAAGAUACACCUGGUAUCCUCGYGGAAGAAAGGGGUACUCCACGGGCCCAGGUGUGGAUCCAACUGCAAUUAGUGGCCGGAUGCAUUCUGGGAUCAUCCAAGGAAGGUCUCAAAGUUCUGGAAACUUUGAAAUGAAACAUGGAGGAUUACUGAGUUAGAUUUUUCAUCCUCUCUGUGCCCCUCUCCCCACCUUCCGCGAUACACUGCUGUAUAAUAGAUAUUUCAUGUAUGAGAAGAAAAGGCUGGCGAUGAUUAAUCGCAUUUGUGUCAGAAAAUGGUUUAAAUAUGGUUGUGAUACCGUACAACUUUCUUAUUUUUUGUUUUCACACCGUAGUACCGUACUUUAAUACUGCCAUGUUAUGGUCGCGCCUCCAUAACAACUCCUCGGAGGGAUGCGCCGCCCCUCGGAGCAGCUGGAAGCAUUCUUUCUCAUGAACGCAAUGGUUCUGGCCUUCCUAGUGCCUCUUCUAGUUCACGAGGUUAAAUAUAAUAUUAAGUUUUUU